AUGGUCGUGGAUGGAGCACGUUACUCCAAUGAGGCAUCGUUUGUGAACCACUACGUGGGAAUCGCGGAUGCUCCGAACUGUGCGAUCGGAUCAUCUGAUAUGCACGUGGCGACCAUCGAGGUGACUCAGCCUAUAGGUCUUGAUGAAGAGCUCUUAGUGGACUAUGGCAUGGAGCACUGUGUGCGCAACGAGGUGCCACACCCCCGUGUCCCGGCAUGGGCCCGCGAUUUUGCAGCCCUGGCAAGGCUGCAGGCGGUCGACGAGCAGCUGUCACGGCUGAAACAGGAAGACAGCGCAUAUGGUGGGAGUCUGCUCGAGCAGCGAGAGCUUCGGAACCUCCUUCGCCAAGGCCACGUCAAUGUCUCACUGCUCUCCGAGGAUGGUCGUGUGGAGGUCAGGAUGCUCCAAAAAGAAGUCAAGGGACGGCUGCGUUUGUUGCUACUCGCAUCGGCG